CUAUGUAUUUACGCUUCAUACACCGAGAGUUUGAUAUUUAAAUUUAUAACACUUCAAUGUUAUAAAUCUAUAGAAAACAAUCAACAAUGAUAUUCUUGAUGUAAUUAAAAAAAUUUGACUGGCACACAUAUUAUGUGCGGAUGAGAUAGGUGCAGAUUGUCAGUAUUCUGAUGAUAUUAUGGUAGUAUUAUUGUUAUACAAUACUAUAUCACCAAAUACUAUAAGAAUAACAUAUAUAAUAAUAUUAUGAUAAUAUUUGUGAUUAUAUUAUUUCAAAAUACCGUCAUAAUAUCACCAGAAUAUCACCAUUAAUAUUUUCCCCUCUAACACUGGAAGUGAAUCAAUGGGGCCCCCCUCUCCAAGUCAGAACAACAUCAGAGCUUCCCACAUGCGCCGCCGCCGCCUUAAUGCUUCUCCGCUCCCCAAACGCAGCAAAGAGAACCACCUCAAGACUCCUCUCCACAUCCUCUUCCCUCCAUCUCCCUCCCUCAUCCAACUCUCCUUCCCACUUUCUAUCUCUGCUACAACAAUGCCAGUCCCCUUCCCACAUUCGCUGCGCGCACCAACAACUCCUCGCCCGAGGUCUCCUCUCCCUCCCCUCUUCAUCAUCUCCCUCCUCCCAUCAACUGGGCGCUGCCAUUGCUGCCUCUUAUCUCGCUUCAAGUGCCCUAACCGAUGCCGCAACCCUUCUGGAGCACCUCUCUCCCUCUCCAAUCCUCUUGUGGAAUCUCCUCAUCCGAAAGAACGUCCAAAACUGCCAUCUUUACACCGCAUUCUCCCUCUGUUUCAGGCUGCAGCACGCCGGAGCGAGGCCGGAUCAGUACACCUUCCCCUUCGUCCUCAAAGCCUGCGGCGAGCUUCCGUCCUACCGCAGGGGAGCUCUGGUCCACGCUCUCAUUUGCCGUACUGGUUUUGAAUCCAAUGUCUUUGUUUGCAAUUCUUUGAUCACGAUGUACUCGCGCUGUGAUGUUUUGGAGAAUGCCUGCCAGGUGUUUGAUCAAAUCACUGAACAGGGGAUAGAUGAUGUUAUUUCAUGGAACUCCAUUGUGGGAUCUCAUGUGAAGGGAGGCCGUCCUCGGGUCGCCUUGAAGCUGUUUGCAGAGAUGGGGAAUGGAGUCGGCGAUAUGGGUUAUAAGAGAAGGUCUGAUGUUAUAAGCUUGGUUAACAUACUUCCUGCCUGUGCUGCUUUAAAAGCUCUAUUGCAGGCUCGAGAAAUUCAUGGCUACGCAAUGAGAAACGGUCUGUGCAGUGAGAUCUUUGUGGCCAACGCAGCCAUUGAUGUGUAUGCGAAGUGUGGAAAGAUGGAAGAUGCACUGAAAGUUUUUCAAUCGCUGGAGAACAGAGAUGUUGUUUCAUGGAAUGCAAUGGUUACCGGUUACUCGCAAAAUGGCAAAUUUGAUGAGGCUGUUGAGCUUUUGGACGAGAUGAGGAAGCAUGAAAUAGAAUUAAAUGUCGUAACUUGGAGCUCAUUGAUUGCCGGGUAUGCUCAGCACGGCCAUGGCCAUGAAGCUCUUCAUGUUUUCAGGCAAAUGCAGCUCACUGGUUCUGACCCUAAUUCAGUCACCAUCAUCUCUCUUUUAUCAGCUUGUGCUUCUGUGGGAGCUCUGUCUCAGGGAAUGGAGGUCCACGCUCAUGCUCUCAGAAAAAACCUCAUGAUUCCAGAUGCUGAUUAUGUUGCAGAACAAGAAGAUGGAGAAGAAGAAGAAGAAGAUCUCAUGGUGCAGAAUGGCCUCAUAGACAUGUAUUCAAAGUGCAAGCUUUUCACUUCAGCUCAUUCAAUUUUCAAAUGCAUACCACUAACCAGAAGAAAUGUGGUAACUUGGACUGCAUUAAUCGGUGGUUAUGCUCAGCACGGAGAUCCCAACGAAGCUCUCAAGCUCUUCUCAACCAUGUUAAUGGCGGCUUCCUCACCCCCCAACGCCUUCACAAUCUCAUGCGCCCUAAUGGCCUCCGCCCGUCUCUCAACCCUGCAAUUCGGCCGCGAAAUCCACGCUUUCGUCUUCCGCAAUCGCUACGAAGCCGAUACGCUCUUCGUCAACAACUGCCUCAUCGAGAUGUACUCAAAAUGCGGCCACAUUGACGCCGCCCUCAAGGUGUUCGACGGAAUGCCCCAGAAAAACUCUGUUUCCUGGACCUCUCUGAUGAUGGGCUACGGAAUGCACGGCAGGGGAGAAGAAGCCAUAUCGAUCUUCGCCGGAAUGCAAAGCUCUGGCCUUUCUCCCGACAGCAUCACCUUCCUCGUCCUCCUCUACUCCUGCAGCCAUUCCGGCAUGGUAGACCAAGGUCUCAACUUUUUCAAAUCCAUGGUCGAGGACCACCAUCUGGUUCCCAAUUCAGAACACUACGCCUGUCUGAUAGACCUCUUAGCCCGCGGCGGCCGGCUGAACGAAGCCUGGGAGAAGAUAACCCAAAUGCAGACGGAACCUUCCUCCGUCGUCUGGGUCGCCCUGCUCGGAGCUUGCAGAACUCAUUCCAAUGUCCAGCUCGCCGAACAGGCCUUCAAGAAAUUACUAGAUUUAAACUACAUAAAUGACGGAACUUGCACUCUGUUAUCAAACAUCUACGCGAAAGCAGGGCAAUGGCGGAAGGUUGCCGGAAUGAGGCUUAUGAUGAGGAAUCAUGGAAUCAGAAAGAGGCCCGGAUGCAGCUGGGUGAUGGGGAAGAAGGGGGCGGCCGCCUUCUUCGUGGGCGACAGAACUCAUCCGGAAUCAAAGGAGAUUUAUGAAUUGCUGGGGAGAUUGAUGGAGAGAAUCAGAGGAUUAGGGUUUGUGCCGGAGACCGGCUUUGCUCUGCAUGAUGUGGAUGAGGAAGAGAAGAGCUUUCUGCUGUCGGAGCACAGCGAGAGGCUGGCGGUGGCUUACGGGAUUCUGAGUUCUUCGGCGGGAGCUACGAUUCGGGUGACGAAGAAUCUGAGAGUUUGUGGGGAUUGCCACAACGCCAUUGCUUACAUUUCUAGGGUUGUUGAUCGUGAAAUUGUGCUUAGGGAUUCCAGCCGCUUUCAUCAUUUCAGGAAGGGGUUUUGUUCCUGCCGGGGUUUUUGGUAGAGCUAGUAGCUAACCCUAGCUCCAGCUCCGAUUGAAAUGGGAUUACAUACAAAACACUCGUGUAGCAUAUCCCGACUUGUUAGUUGACAUCUAUGGUAUAAGACCCUUAAAGUUAGGGGUUCAAAUCCCUUAUGUUAUAAUUGGCCUUAAGGAGCUGGUGCUCGAAUUUUUAGACACAUUAGAGGUGGCUGAAGGCUCAUAUAAUAGCAUAUGAUCUUUCUUUUUUUUUUUUAAAAAAAAAAAAGAGAGUAUUAGGAUGAUUUUUUUAAACCACCGAAUUGAUGUAUUUGUAUGUGUCA